AUGUUCACGGACAAACGGCAGCUAUUUUCAAACGUGAGCCUGAGCAGAAACAUCGUUGCUCAACGUGUAGACCAGCUGUCCUCCAAUCUAAAAGAACAGCUUGUGGAAAAGGGAAAAGAUUUCAUUGCAUAUUCUCUUGGUAUGGACGAGAGCACUGACACAACUGACAUUGCCCAGUUGUCAAUUUUCAUUUGUGGAGUGGACUCCAGCCUGACCGUAACAGAAGAGUUUUUGGCGUUACGUCCGAUGCAUGGCACGACUACAGGACAAGAUCUGUAUGAAGAGGUAUCCAGAUGUGUAAAUGAGAUGGGACUGCCUUGGGAAAAACUCGUGGGAUUGACAUCAGAUGGAGAACCUGCGAUGUGUGGACACAGGAGUGAAUUGGUGGCAAGGAUACGUGAGAGGAUGCAGGAUGAAAAUGUCACAGAGGAGCUGACAGCUUAUCACUGCAUAAUACACCAGGAGUCCUUAUGUGGCAAAGCCUUGAAAAUGGAACAUGUAAUGACCAUCAUAACGCGUGCAGUUAACUUCAUCAGAGCCAAAGGUUUAAAUCACCGCCAGUUCAAGGCAUUUCUGGAAGAGUAUGGUGACUUGCCCUAUCACACAAAUGUGCAAUGGCUAAGCCAGGGAAAGGUGCUGCAAAGAUGUUUCGAGCUUCGUGAGGAGAUCUGUCUGUUCAUGGAAAGCAAAGAGAAUGACACAACAGAGCUUCGAGAUGAAACAUUUAUGUGUGAAAUGGCGUUUCUGUGCGACAUCACAAGCCAUCUGAAUGUGAUGAUCCUGCAACUGCAGGGACGGGGGCGUGUCAUCUCUGAUCUGUACAGUACGGUGAAGGCGUUCAAAACCAAGCUGAGUCUGUGGCAGACGCAGAUGCAGAAAGAAAACUUGAGCCACUUCCCCAGCUGCCAGACCAUGAAAGAGAAGCUCUCUACUGCUUUGUUCCCAAGUGCACAGUUUGCCGAUAAACUCAACAUACUUGCCGCCGAGUUCCGACGCCGAUUUGCUGACUUUGAAGCUCAAAAAAACAGGUUUGAACUACUUGCCAAUGCUUUUGGAGUUGAUGUGGAAAGCGCACCAGCAAACCUCCAAAUGGAGUUGAUUGAGCUCCAGUGCAAUGACACACUGAGGGAAAAAUAUGAGAGAUUGGGUGCCACUGAGUUUGCACGUUUCAUCCCCGACACAAUGCCUCAGCUGCGCAUCCAAGCUGCUCAGACGAUCUCCAUGUUUGGCAGCACAUACCUGUGUGAACAAUUGUUCUCUUUGAUGAAGCUAAGCAAAACAUCACACCGGAGCCGUCUUACUGAUAAACACCUUGACUCAAUCCUGAGGACUUCCUCAGCUCAGAACCUGACCCCGAGCAUUGAUGAACUCGUACAAAAGAUGAGACACCACCAAGUAUCAGGCUCAGUCUCAGACAAGUGA